AACAAAUUAACAAUAAGAAAUCAUGAAGAAAACUGGAAAUUCAUCUGGAAAGAAAAGAUGUCAAGUGCCAAAACUAAAGAUGUUCCUCUGUGCACUGUCUUACGCCUACUUGACUAAAGCGUUUGCAGUCUCCUACUCACGGAGCAUGAUAACGCAAAUAGAGAGGAGAUUUAAUAUCCCAUCAUCCCUAGUUGGAGCUAUCGAUGGCAGCUUUGAUAUAGGUAAUUUGCUGGUGAUCGUCUUUGUGAGCUACUUUGGGUCAAAGUUUCACCGUCCAAGAGUGAUUUCUGUUGGAUGUUUCGUCAUGUUUUUAGGGGCUUGUUUGGCUGCGUUACCUCAUUUCCUUAUGAGACGAUACCAAUAUGACAAAUUGGUUUCUACAUCAAGUAACAGCACCUCCUAUGUACACCUGUGCCUGGCCAACCAGAGUCACCUACAAGAUCUGGAGACUUCAGAAGAAUGUCAGUCGGGAUCAGAGUCCAUGAUGUGGCUAUUUGUACUUAUGGGAAAUAUUCUUCAAGGAAUGGGAGAAACUCCCAUUGAACCUCUGGGAUUGUCCUACGUGGAUGAUUUUGCAAAAUCAGAGAAUUCCCCAUUUUACAUAGGAAUAAUACAGACAGUGUCAAUUGCUGGACCUUUAGUGGGAUCAUUAAUGGCUUCCUACUUCGCACAGAUCUUCGUCGACGUUGGAUUUAUAGAUCUGGAUGAAGUUACCAUCACUCUCACUGACGCUCGUUGGGUUGGCGCUUGGUGGCUUGGAUUUUUAAUCAGCGGAGUCGCAAAUCUAAUUGCUGCAGUUCCGUUCUGGUUUCUACCUAAAGUUCUUCCCAGAGAAGGUCAAGAAGAUAUAGCAGGACCAGAAGAAUCACGUAUACCUAUUGCACACGAGAACAGUGACCAGAAACCAGAACAGAGCAGGAAGGGCCUUCUGAAGGAAUUUCUACAGUCCCUGAAACAUCUAUUCAAGAAUAAAGUUUACACCCUGUUCGUGAUUGUAACAGUGAUACAGUUUGAUGCAUUUAUUGGAUUCAUUUCAUUCAUGCCCAAGUACUUGGAACAGCAGUACGGCAAAUCAGCAUCAGAAGCCAUCUUUUUAAUAGCGGUGUAUAAUUUGCCAGUUAUCUGCAUUGGAUACUUUUUGGGUGGAUAUUUGAUGAAGAGAUUCAAGUGUACCACGUACCAGGCUGCCAUGAUUGGAUUUUGGAGUUCAAUAAUUGAGUAUCUGAUCUAUUAUUCAGCCUUUGCAAUGGUCUGCAAGAACUCUGCUGUUGCUGGUUUAACAGUUUCAUAUGAUGGUAUUGAGCAAGUUUCAUAUCUGGAUAAACUGCAAUCAGACUGCAACCUAAACUGCGCCUGCCCUACUGACAUAUGGGAUCCUGUUUGUGGAGAGAAUGGUGUGGCCUACGUCUCUGCUUGUCUUGCUGGCUGCAGCUCAGUAACAGGGACUGGACAAAAUAAGGUGUUUCACAAUUGCAGCUGUGUGGCUGGGUUUUCCUCGAAUGCAUCUGCGGUGCUAGGUCAAUGCCAGAGAGAAGCGACCUGUGACACCAUGCUUCAGUACUUCAUGAUACUGUCCCUGGUGUGCUGUUUAAUUUAUUCCUUCGGAGCCAUGCCCGGAUAUAUGGUGCUCAUCAGGAGUCUGAAGCCUAAAGAAAAAUCCCUCGGACUCGGUCUUCAUCUCCUAGCUGCAAGAGCGCUUGGUGGAAUCCCAUCUCCAAUUUUUUUUGGUGCAACAGUUGAUACGACCUGCAUAAAAUGGGGAACUACUAACUGUGGGGAGCCUGGAGCCUGUCGCAUGUAUGAUUCUGAUGCUUACAGGUAA